UGGGAGGGGGAGAGAAAAGCAGGAGAUAAAUGUUCCAGUUCAUUAUUCUCUUCAUCACAUUUGCCUCCUUCUCCUGUAGCAUCAACACAAAAAAGGGUUCAUUGAACUAACCAUGUUGCCUGAAAAGCCGCCAGAGAGAAAAUCUAAAAUCUCGGCCUCUCGAAAGCUCAUGCUAAAGAGCAUGAUGGUUGUGAGAGCCAAGGAGGAACUGGAGCAGGAGAUGGAGGAAAAAGAGGAGCAAAAAGCUAAAUACCUUGAAGAGAAGGUUCCUCCGGUACAAGUCACUGGUUUGUCACAGGCGGAGCUAAAGGCAUUAUGUGAAGAGCUGCAUGCCAAAAUAGAUGUGGUGGAUGAGGAACGGUAUGAUAUUGAAGCCAAGGUCCUGCACAACACCAGAGAGAUCAAAGAUCUGAACAUCAAGUUGCUGGACUUACGAGGGAAGUUCAAAAGGCCCAAUCUGAGGCGGGUCCGGGUCUCCGCUGAUGCCAUCCUGCGCUCCCUACUGGGCUCCAAGCACAAGGUGUCAAUGGAUCUGAGAGCCAACCUCAAAUCAGUCAAGAAGGAGGACACGGAAAAGGAGAAGACGGUGGAGGUGAGUGACUGGAGGAAGAACGUGGAAGCCAAGUCAGGCAUGGAGGGCCGCAAGAAAAUGUUCGACGCGGCCAAGGGCCAGACCCAGUAACGCGGCGGUCUCUGAAGGCUUUUCGUCUGCAGAAAGAUCUCACUGUCAGUGCACAGAGUGUUGGAUGUAGCAAAAAAAAAAACCUGAAUUUCAUGGUAUUCUACACUGAAUAUUUUGUCACGAUUGUUGUUGUUUUUUCUAUAUUACAAAAAUAAAGAAAUUCCAAUAUCUUC